AUGUGUUAUGAAGUUUACAAAUAUGCCCUACUCAUAAAAAUUAUUCAGACUAUAGAUGAUGAUGAUGAUGAUGAUGAUGAUGCUUCUUCUUCUUCUUCUUCUUCUUCUUCUUCUUCUUCUUCUUCUUCUUCUUCUUCUUCUUUCCCUUCAGGAUCUAUAACUACCAAUAAAAAUUUUAAGCCUCUUCUUCCUUUUAUUAUCAUUUUUCCCUUCCUCUUCACUUGCUGCUUUUUUCAAUAUUAUUGUUCAUUUACUACUUCUUUCUUUUCUGUUUCUUCUCUUUCCUAUGAUUUUCUUCAUUUUCUUUCACUCUUUAAUGUCAUUCCUUUUCAUCAUUUGUAUGAAAACUCUACAGUUUAUUUUACUCUUUCUUCUGAUACUCUCUUGUCCCCUUUUAUUAUUUCUUUUAUUCUUUUUCUUAUUAUAAUUCAUAUUAUUGGUGAUAAACAACAACUUGUUUCUGAAAAUAGUGCUCAUCCACUUUAG